GCGGCCAUGGCGUACGCCUAUCUCUUCAAGUACAUCAUCAUCGGCGACACAGGUGUUGGUAAAUCAUGCUUAUUGCUACAGUUUACAGACAAGAGGUUUCAGCCAGUGCAUGACCUGACUAUCGGUGUAGAGUUUGGUGCUCGAAUGAUAACUAUUGAUGGGAAACAGAUAAAACUUCAGAUAUGGGAUACGGCAGGGCAAGAGUCCUUUCGUUCCAUCACAAGGUCAUAUUACAGAGGUGCAGCAGGGGCUUUACUAGUGUAUGAUAUUACAAGGAGAGAUACAUUCAACCACUUGACAACCUGGUUAGAAGAUGCCCGCCAGCAUUCCAAUUCCAACAUGGUCAUUAUGCUUAUUGGAAAUAAAAGUGAUUUAGAAUCAAGAAGAGAAGUAAAAAAAGAAGAAGGUGAAGCUUUUGCACGAGAACAUGGACUUAUCUUCAUGGAAACUUCUGCUAAGACUGCUUCCAAUGUAGAAGAGGCAUUUAUUAAUACAGCAAAAGAAAUUUAUGAGAAAAUCCAAGAAGGAGUCUUUGACAUUAAUAAUGAGGCAAACGGCAUUAAAAUUGGCCCUCAGCACGCUGCUACUAAUGCCACACACGCGGGCAAUCAGGGAGGACAGCAGGCCGGGGGAGGCUGCUGUUGAGUCCGUUUUU